UUCAGUAGCCUAUAGUCAAAUGUCGCACCUGCUCCGCCUGUAAUUGGUUGAAAGCUCAGUCAGAUUCCACCGCAGAAUUAUCGGAUUGAAAAUCAGGGAGGGGAGUUGAAAAAACUCAACGCAACCAACUCACAGCGAUGCAGUGCUUAAGUUGCUAAACAUCACAACGGAUUUCCCAGAACUUUUCAUCACGAAGUUUGCGACUCAAACAAUCAAAGGACUUUAAACAUUCAUUUUAUUUUCAAGAUCUGCACCAUUUCAGAAUCACUGAAUCAUGCCACGAUCGUUUUUGGUGAAAAGCAAAAAGUCCUACAAUGUGCAUCGACCCAUCGACACCGAGCAAAGUGAACAGAAGCUCCCGGACCCUGCACCCAAACCAAUCCCAGCGCUGGUCCCUUUGGAACCAAAGGAACGUAAUUCCCCAGAGCGGCCCCAGGUAGAAUCGCUCGUUCGACCUUCCCUCAGAGACUCGUAUGACUUCAUCAAGUGUGAGCGAGAGCCCGACUGCCCAGUACCAACUCUACCUGAGCUGACCAGACGGCCGUUUUACUUAUCCGAGCCUCAGCUGGCAGAGUUUCCUCCCUACUACAAGAGCUCUUAUGCAUGGGAUCAUGUUCCCACAACAUAUGACUUCAGGCAGAUGGGCUUCUCUCCAUCGCUCCUGCAGCACGCCAGCAGCCUGUACGGAGCUCAUCUGAAGCAGAGCUCAGAGCCUCCACAACCACUGGACUGCAGCACACACUACUCACCUACGUCCAACACCUACCACUGCAUUACCUGUGAUAAGGUGUUUUCCACCCCUCAUGGACUGGAGGUUCACGUCAGGCGUUCUCACAGUGGCACGCGUCCCUUUGGAUGCAGCAUCUGCAGAAAGAGCUUUGGCCACGCAGUUAGCUUAGAGCAACACAUGAACGUCCACUCUCAGGAAAGAAGUUUCGAGUGCAAGAUGUGCGGAAAGACCUUCAAACGCUCCUCGACGCUGUCCACGCACCUGCUGAUCCACUCGGACACACGGCCGUACCCCUGCCAGUUCUGCGGAAAAAGAUUCCACCAGAAAUCCGAUAUGAAGAAACACACCUACAUCCACACAGGUGAGAAGCCUCACAAAUGCCAGGUGUGUGGCAAAGCCUUCAGCCAGAGCUCCAACCUCAUCACACACAGUCGCAAACACACCGGAUUCAAGCCGUUCGGCUGCGAGAUCUGUUCCAAAGGCUUCCAGAGGAAGGUAGAUCUUCGCAGACACCACGAGAGCCAGCACAGCCUUAAAUAACGGAGGUUGUACGUGGCGUGGCGGACAGCGGGAAGGAAAUGAAGACCACCGAUGGCUGUUGCUGAAAAAAAGACUCAUGUUAAAGGGAUAGUUCACUCAAAAAAUGAAAAUUCUGUUAUCAUUUAGGACCCGUUUACACUAGUGCAAUCCUCGUCUAAACUGGUGUUUCCACAGUGUUUCAGAAACGAUCUCCGUCUAUACUACACGACCGAAAACGCAUGUCACAUGACUGGGUUUGUGCGUAGAAGUGUAAACAGUUGCCUCUUGCGCAUGUAGGCAGCUGCAGUAUUAAAAAAAAAUGGCUGCUAAAAAUGACAACAAAGCCAGCAAAGAUUGCAGUUCAGUCUCCAUGUUAUUGUUUACACGGUCGUCACGGAUACGCAGAGCGAACAUGGGCAGCCAUUGUUUUCAAAAGUCACCGUUUUGGUCCGUUUAUACCGAAACGCAACCCCGGCAGUUUCAAACUAAAACGGGGUCUGCAACGUUUUCGAAAGUUUCCGUUUUCAAAGAUAGAAAAUGCGGCGUAGUGUAAACGACAGGUGUAAGUGUAGCAAAACGUAUGCGUUUUAAAACAAAAACGCACUAAUGUAAACGGGGCCUUACUCACCGUCAUGUCAUUUCAAAAAGUGUUGUUUUUGUUAACUAAAACUAUAAAAAUACUUUUUAGUAAUUGAAAUAAA